CGCAUCACUCCCGCUUUCGCGACUGCGCGGCUGAGGCGCUGAUGUGCCGUAAGUGGCGUGACUUCUCUGCAGACCUGGCGGAGUAGGGUUGUUCCAUCUCUCUCUCUUGUUCGCUCGUCUCCUUCUCUGCGCUGUUCGCAACUUAGUCGUCGGCACUUUCGACGCUUUGCCCGGCUGGAGAUCAAUCAAUCAGCAGGCGGAGUGGCAGCAGCAGCAGCUGGGAGAGAGGUGAGUGGGGAAGAACCAUGGCGGCCAACUCACUGGUUUCUCGACACAUUGUCGGCGCAGCUGGGGCUUGUUCGUCGCGUAUUGCCGCCGCCGCCGAAGGUGGGUCGGUGAAGCGGAAGGGUUCAUGCCGCUGUCAGAUCAGAAGCGCGGCGCCGUCGCUUCUUGGAGAUGGCGCUCGGUUCAGUCAGGGUGCGCGAGACCUUUCGCGCCAAUUGCCGGUUAAAGUCUGCCGCAGGCAGAGCCGUCGUCAGCAGCAUGGCUUAGUCGUCAGGGCGGAGGCGAAGGAGAUUUGCUUCGACCAAGAGUCUCGUGCUGCUAUGCAGCGGGGUAUCGAUCAGCUGGCGGAUGCCGUCGGAGUUACCCUAGGCCCAAGAGGCCGCAACGUUGUUCUUGAAGACUUCGGCGCCCCCAAGGUCAUCAAUGAUGGCGUGACGAUUGCUCGCGCCAUUGAACUCAAGGACCCCAUGGAGAAUGCCGGCGCAGCGCUCAUCAGGGAGGUGGCCAGCAAGACCAACGAUUCUGCCGGCGACGGGACCACCACAGCAAGCGUGCUGGCGCGGGAGAUGAUCAAACUAGGGCUCAUGAAUGUCACGGCCGGUGGCAAUCCCGUCGCCAUAAAGCGGGGCAUCGACAAGACAGUGACGGCUCUCGUGGAGAAACUUCAGGAGAAAGCGAGACCGGUGAAGGGAACUGAAGACAUCAAGGCUGUGGCGACCAUCUCCGCUGGAAAUGACGAUUUCAUUGGCGGAUUGAUUGCCAAUGCCAUCGAAAAGGUCGGGCCCGAUGGUGUUCUGUCCAUCGAAUCGUCGUCUUCCUUCGAGACAACGGUGAACGUCGAAGAAGGAAUGGAGAUUGAUCGCGGUUAUAUCUCGCCGCAGUUUGUGACCAAUCAAGAGAAGAUGAUAGUGGAGUUUGAGAACGCCCGUGUGCUGGUCACUGAUCAGAAGAUAACCAGCAUUAAGGAGAUCAUCCCCGUUCUUGAGAAGGCAACGCAGCUUAGUCAGCCAUUGGUAAUCAUCGCGGAGGACGUGUCAGGAGAGGCUCUUGCCACGCUCGUCGUGAAUAAGUUGCGCGGGGUGAUCAGUGUUGCAGCAGUUAAGGCGCCGGGGUUCGGCGAGAGGAGGAAGGCGCUUCUCCAAGAUAUCGCCAUCGUCACUGGUGCUGAGUUUGUCGCCGCAGACCUGGGUUUGAACGUGGAAACGGCAACGAUUGACAUGCUUGGAAUCGCAAGGAAGGUGACCAUCACCAACAACUCGACGACAAUCAUUGCUGAUGCGGCAUCGAAGGACGAAAUUCAGGCCAGGAUUUCGCAGAUAAAGAAGGAGCUUGCGGAGACGGACUCUGUGUACGACACGGAGAAGCUCUCAGAGCGAAUCGCUAAGCUGUCGGGUGGCGUUGCUGUGAUCAAGGUCGGCGCGGCAACGGAGACGGAGCUGGAGGAUCGCAAGCUGCGAGUAGAAGACGCAAAGAAUGCCACCUUCGCCGCUGUGGAGGAGGGAAUCGUGCCAGGAGGAGGGGCUGCUCUCGUGCACUUGUCGCAGUUGGUCCCGGAGAUCAAGGCGACAAUCGCGGAUCCAGAGGAGAAGCUUGGUGCCGACAUUGUUCAGAAGGCAUUGAUUGCCCCUGCCUCACUUAUCGCUGAGAACUCGGGUGUAGAGGGAGCAGUUGUCGUCGAGAGGAUUCUCGAGAGUGAGUGGGAGAUGGGUUAUAAUGCCAUGGACGACAAGUUUGAGGACUUGUUCCAGGCUGGUGUUAUCGAUCCUGCAAAGGUCACAAGGUGUGGGCUUCAGAAUGCGGCGUCUGUUGCUGGCAUGGUACUCACGACGCAGGCCAUCAUUGUCGAGAAGCCGAAGCCGAAGAGCUCCCCAGUCGGUGCUCCUUCUGGCCUGAUGGUUUGAGAGUGACGAGAGGGGAAAGUUUUGAACGAGUCAUAGGCUUUAUUACGAUGUUGUGUAGUUGAAGAUGUGACUGAGAGUCUGAGAGGUUGUGAAAAGCCUAAGUGCCGAAGAGCUCCCCAGUCGGUGAUGCUCCUUCUGGCCUGAUGGUUUGAGAGCAACGCGAGGGAAAAGUUUUGAACGAGUAGUAGCCUUUUGUCACGCUGUUGUGUAGUUCAGACUGCGACUGCUGCGAUAUAGGAAAGAGGUGUAGGCUGUGAGGUGUUUGGUAGUAUAGACAGUAAGUUCAUCAUGUCGAUGCAGCUUUGUGCACGUGCAUGUGUCGUAUCUUAUUCACGUGGGACUGAAAAAGCAGCAUUACAUACAGUGCUGGCUCUUCGCGGAGGCUUGUGAUGAUAUGGGGGAUGAGAAGCCUUUUCGCGGAGGCUUGUGAUGAUAUGCGGGAUGAGAAGCCGCUUCGCGGGGGCUUGUGAUGAUAUGGGGGGAUUAGAAUUGUCCUCUCUCCCAAUUGAGAGGGGCUCAAUUUCUCAUUAUACCUGAUUUGGAAACGUUGCUGGUUUAGUGGAAGAAUUUGGGAACGGGCUGUCACAUAAUUUAGCAGCAUGAUUCCAAGUUGGUGGGAUUCUAGCCACAUUUUUGUUUCCCCCUCCCUGGACCACAACUUGAACUACUUCAUGGGGGGGAGAGAGCGAGCGAGCGAGAGAGAGAGAGAGAGAGAGAGAGAGAGAGAAGAGCAAUAUGGCCAACGCUUGCUUUUUGAACAUGUAUCCGAUUAGAAGAGAUGCAUUGAAUAGUAUACUCUCGUCACGUCACAUGCGCAUGCUGUUGUUUCUUAUUAAGGUUGUUGUCUGAUAUGUUGGCUGUACAUGUUGAAUCCAAGAAUCGA